AUGUCGGGGGAAGAGAAAGAAAAGAACAAAAUUCUUCAUGUGGCCAAUAUAUCCUGUGCUGCCACUCGGGAUCAAAUCUACAACAUGUUCAACUAUCUUGGAAAGAUUCAGGAAUUGAAGGUCUAUCCAUCAGAAGGUAAUAUAAAUGCUAGUACUCUACUCAAAACAGCUUUUAUCAAGUUCGACGACGAAAGGUGUGCUGAAGUCGGACAACAUCUCACCAACACCGUUCUGAUCGAUCGUGCUAUCGUGUGCUUGCCAUAUCCUAAUCAGAUCAUCCCAGACGAAGAGACAUUUUUCAACAGCGGUGGAUCUACGACGGCAGGACAACGACAGCUCCCACCACACGUCUCCAACAGAAUUCAGCAGCUGGAUGAUGGAAAUUCUGUGUUGAUUACAGUCGACCCAACACUGGAGCAGCUUGGACUUCCUGCCUACCCACCAUUGCCAGCUGAUACCGACAAUGGAAAAGUGGAGGAAAUUCGUCGCACCGUCUACGUUGGAAAUCUUCCAAAGGGAAUUGAUGGAAAGGAAGUACUGGAUCUGUUCAAUAUGUAUUUCGGAGAGGCUGCGGAGGGUUCCAGUCCCAAUAGCAGCGUCGACGUGUUCCACCAUGGUACUACAACCGUGACGCAAACCAACGUACGCAAAUCGAAACAUGUAAAUCACCCAAGCAAUCGUACAUCCGAACUCCAUGUCAUGUACGUCAGAAUGGCAUCAGGACCAGACGCUCUACCAUGUGCAUACGCCUACGUCGAAUUUUCUCAACAAGCUUCCGUAUCAAAUGCUUUACAAAACGAUGGUUUCGAAUUCAAGGAAAGACCACUCAAAAUACAACAUUCCCGCGUUGCAAUCAUCAAACCCCAGGCAAAAACUGACGAGCAAGCUCUUGGAGAGGUUGAGGAGGCCAUCAGACUAGGACGAAAUCCAGAUGAUCGAGAUCGCCGCCGUUCUCGAUCUCCGCGCCGUCGUCGCUCUCCCUCGCCUCGCCGUAGACGUGACAGUCGUGAUCGUGACCGCGAUCGUGAUCGAGACAGAAGAAGAAGUCGAGACCGCGAUCGUGACCGUAAAAGAAGUCGUAGUCGCGAUCGAAAGAGAAGGAGUCGCAGUCGGGACAAGGAUCGUGAAAACAAGGAUCGAGACAGAAAGCGAUCAAGAAGUCGCGACCGUCGACGACGAUCCAAAUCUCGAGAUAGAAAACGAGAGAGAUCGCGAUCGCGUUCACGGGAUCGUAAGCGAGAAAAGAAGAGAAGUCGGAGCAGGUCGACAGACAGAAAACGUGAAAAAGAGGAUAGGAAGACGGACAAGAAAGAAAAUGAAAACGAGUCGGCGCUGCGUGAAAAGCUUCUGGAGAAAAAGGCCGCAAGAAAGGAUUCAUCAGAAGACGAAUGGGAAGAGAAACCUGUGAUUGCCAAUGGAGAAGUCAAGAAAGAAGAAGUUGGCAAUGGGGACUCGAUGGAAACCUGCUGA